CUUUAAUGAUAGCAAUGCUCUGUCUGCAAUUAUCCCAACAUUUUCCGCUGCCCCCUCUCGCUCUCUGCUCGCCUCUGUUCCGCCAUGGAUCUAACGUCGGAUCAACUGAAGGACUACGAUGGAUCUGACGAGAGCAAGCCAAUCUACAUCUCUAUCCGCGGCGUCGUUUUCGAUGUCAGCACAGGCAAGUCCUUCUACGGUCCCGGAGGCACCUACGCCAUCUUCGCCGGCCGCGAGGCCAGCCGCGCCCUCGCCAAGAUGAGCAAGAACGAGGAAGACGUCUCCGGUAACCUCGAUGGCCUCUCUGUGAAGGAGAUGGGCGUUCUCGAGGACUGGGAGAAGAAAUUCCAAGCUAAGUAUCCCGUCGUCGGGCGCCUUAUUGUCUCUUGAAUCUCUUUUGUAAUUAAUCAAGUGGGACUUGCGAGAUGUUUUCAUCUAUUUUGCUAAUUUGGAGAUAAACAUGACGUGCUGUAACGUCAUGUGUUGAUUUGGGUUGUUAUUAUGAAGUGGUAUGUGGAUGAAUAAGAACAUUAUGUGCAUCUUGGUGCUGGUUAUGUAUCUAAUAAAUUAUUUAGCUUGUCAAUC